CACUGGGAGGCCGAAGCCGUUGGAUCGCGAUGUUGGGCUGACUUGACACUUGUGCUGUACUAGAAGGCCAUGGCGGGCCUGGAGCUGCUCUACGCCUCGGCGGCGCCGGGAAUCACCUGCUCCCAGGAUGCGCUUAUCUGCUUUUUGCACUGGGAGCUCGUCACCCACAACUACCGAGUCCUGGGCACCGGCGACCAGCCAGGUCCAGGCGAUAAGAAAUCUGAGCUGCUGCCAUCUGGGUGGAAUGCCAACAAAGAGCUGUAUGUACUUCGUUAUGAGUCCACAGAUAAUUCAAAAGAACUCCUUCUGAAGGCCAUCAUGGUAGAUAAUAGCAUGAUUAUCAAUGCUUUGGAGUGUAGGUCACAACAAGUGGUGGACUUGACCCUGAACGUGGAGGAUUAUGUGAAUAGUGAACACCUGAGUGACUUCCACAGGGUCUACAAGAAUAACAAAGAGCUCCAGACAAGAAUUGCCUCAGGCCUCGUUAUUCCCAUCCACAACAAUUUGAGCAAAAGUGAUUCUGCCAGUUCCUCUCGGGAAUUUCCACCUGCCACUUCUAGAGAAUACGACCCUCUUCGUAUUCCCCCUCACCACCCACAUACCAGCCGGCAGCCUCCGUGGCGUGAUCCCCUUGGUCCCUUUGCCGUUGGGGGAGAGGACCUGGACCCCUUUGGGGGUCAGAGAGGUGGCAUGAUUUUGGACCCCCUGAGAUCUGGCUUCCCAAGAGCUCUCAUAGACCCAUCUUCUGGACUCCCCAACCGGCUUCCUCCAGGUGCUGUUCCUCCAGGAGCUCGAUUUGAUCCUUUUGGCCCCAUUGGAACUAAUCCAUCUGGACCCGGUCCAGAUCAUCUUCCACCCCCAGGCUAUGAUGACAUGUUCAUGUGAAGGCAAAAAAAUGUAACAUCCCAGCCCUGAGCAUCCUCAUAGAGGUGAACCAAGAUCAUCUGUUUUCAUCCAGUCCUGGAGUCUAGGAAUCCUUUAAUGGAUUGGAAGUUUAGCUGGAGUUGCCUGCCCAUCACUACAGUAACCAAAGCAUCGUCCAUUCUCCACCUCUGCCUUGAAAAAAACUCACUGCUUGUAAAUCAAGAAAAAUCCACAUGUUUAUCUCUUUCACCACCAACUUCUGGUUCCCAGGGGAAAUUUUCAGCAGUGGGUGACCUCAUUCCUGCUUCAAUCCUGGUUGCAGCUUUCUAAGGACAGAAAGCAUUUUGGAUGCAUUAUUAAGAACUCAAAUGUCAAUACAAAAAUUGUGUUGGGUCAAUCUUCCAUUUAUUUUUUUUUAAAUGUACAUAGUGUUCCUUCCAAAACAAAAGUGUUUGAUGUUUUAUGA